AUGGACAACAUGAACUCGUUUGUGGAAUACUCCAUUUGUAACCGACCUGGGACCGGCGCUUAUUCUGCGCCUAAACCUGGAUACCACCACCACCACCAUCAUCAUCUGCAUCACCAUCCUCCGGAUCAGCAUCAGGGCUUCCCGGUGACCUCCGGCUCCUUUCAUACGGGACCCACCGGGUCUCCAGCUCCCGUUAACGGGACGAGAAGUGACAGCAGCGCCGCGGGAGUGAGUUACACCGGAGAUGGGCGGCUGUACGGGGGCUCUGGGGGUGGAGGAGCGCUCGGGUCCACAGGGGCGACCCAGCAUCAACAGCAGCAUCCUCAACAUCAUCAUCAUGAGCAACAACAGCAUCAGCAGACGAACAACGGCUACCAUCAUCAUCAUCCUCACCUUCAAACCCAAAGCUUACAAAGCGGAACACUGUCUCCCUAUAAUAACGGGAAUAGCGGCAGCACCGGGGCCUAUGCGGCCCAGGCGUGCGCCACAAACUCGGAGUAUGCAAACGCUAUAGGCCCUCCCAACACCGUUCAUUCCCAAUAUUUCAUGGAGGACUCUGUGGCCUCCACCUACUAUCAUCAAUCAACCUUCCCCAGCUCAGCCCCCACCGUUGGCCCCAGCUACGGGGCCCUGGCCGGGGCCUACUGCGGGCCUCAGGGCGCUCUGGCCGGGUCACAGUACCCGCAGCAGCUUAGCGGGGGUCUGGACGCAGCGGGCUACCUGGGUCUUCCACACGCGGGAGGUUAUGGGGAGCUACCGGCUUCCCAGGACCGAGAAAAGGGUGAAGAGGAGGGCCAGCAGGCCGGGCAGGGGCAGACUUUCGACUGGAUGAAAGUGAAGAGGAACCCUCCCAAAACCGUCAAAGUGUCGGAUUUCGGCCUCGCGGGCGCACACAACAACGCCCUGCGCACGAACUUCAGCACGCGGCAGCUGACGGAGCUGGAGAAGGAGUUCCAUUUCAGCAAGUACCUGACGCGGGCGCGGCGCGUGGAGAUCGCCGCGACGCUCGAGCUCAACGAGACGCAGGUUAAAAUCUGGUUCCAGAACAGGCGCAUGAAGCAGAAGAAGCGCGAGCGGGAGGGAGCCUCCGCUACCGCGCGCUCCUCCGGUGCCGACAGCGGCGUUAACAAGGAGCUGGAAGACACCGAUCACUCCUCCGCGUCCACGUCUCCAGGCGCGUCCCCGAGCUCGGAGACGUAG